AAAAAUUAUAGUUUCCAAAGUUAUGUUGCCCCUACUGCAGAUCGCUUGCUCACUUCGUCCCGUUGGCGUUGGCAACAAUGUAAAAGAAAAAACUGAAAACAAAAACAACAAUCUUUUCAGAUGCCGGCGCCUAGCAUGGACGAAAAAGCCACCGGCAUAGACAGUGCGUCCCAGCAGGGCGAUGCACAGAAAGAAACAAUCACUCCACACAAAAUUGCAAUUCUCACCCUCGUCAAGACCUUUGGCGAAAUGAAACUUGAGGUUUUAAACAAGAGAUGCAGUGACGAUGACACUUCCCCUUUUCUUUCCCGACUCGGCUUUGCAAUGAGAGAACAGUCAGUGCUGAAUCCGAAGUACAGAAGGACAUUCUGCAUGCUGGUUCUAAAAUUGCUUCAAGAUCCAGAUCUAACUUUGUCCCAGCUGCAUUUGUUGCUCUUAAGCAAACAGAACGACAUCUUCCGAGAGUUUCUGCCCGAAUUUCACAAAAACAUGCUCAACGUCAUGAGUAAAGGAAUCGAAGGACUGAUGAGUCUGGUGAAGAGAGUUUCGCAGUUGCUGACAGAACCAAACUCGGUCAACCCGAUCAUCACCAAGAGCAGCAUCCUGGGGCUUUUCAUCAGACGGAGCUCAGUUGUUUUUGAACAACUCACCUGCUCGGGAGUUGUGGCAGUUUUCAAAGUUUUCAAGAGGUACUGCGAGGCGUGCCCGGCGUUUCUCAACAUGGACUGGAUGCAGGCAGCCCCGGAUGGUCCUCCGGAAGAAGAACACGACGAGCAAAAGACUGACCUCACCACACUCAAGGAGGAAAAGGGUGCUUUGUGGACUCGAAGGCAAGCUGAUUUGUUUUUGGCGCAGCAGUCUCUUUUGCUACAGAAAAACGACGCAUCCAUCGACACCAAAAAACUUCACACAAACAUCCAGCAACUCCUCCGGGCCAAUCCUGAUUGUGCCGAAGCUUACUUUCUGGCUUUCCUGAAUUUCCUGCGAGUGAGAGACUUCCCAGCCGCCCUGCACAGUUUGCACAACUGCUUUGACCGAGGAGGUGGACUUUACUUUGACCCCAACAGCAAACAGCUCUGUGGAAACAGCAAUGACGAGAGAGCUCGGAGUUUCCGCUACGGAGCUCUCAAUUUGGCCACACUUUACGCUACUUUUGGUCACAAAGAAGAGGCGUUAUUUGCUUUGAAAGAGUGUGUCAUGCUCGCCCGAAGUGCGCACUGCAAUUUUUGUCUCCAACAUGCACUGAGCUGGUUUUGCAAAUUGAGUGAUCAGCCUGGAAAGGAAAAGUUGAUGGAAUGUUCAAUUGCCAGGAGCAGUGAAUUUAAUCUUGGCUACUUGACUUCGCUUGCCAUCCAGUCCUUGUCGCAACAUGUUUCCAACCAGAACAUGUCUCCAGAGAAAAUUUUUGAGCUGUUGUCCCAGAGUGACAUCCUCAACUGUCAGCACUCUUUGCAAGAUUUGGUGGGAAACGCAUUUGCUCAAAAGGCCAGUUUGUGGAUCAUGUACGGCCGGCCUGCCAUGGCUAGUUUAUACUCCCAACUUUUGCUCCAUUCCGAGGCGCAGGACUUGAAUCCGGAAGCAACUUGCGCCGCUGUUUGUCACCUAGCAAUGCAGUUUAUGGCAUUUGGCGACCAACUGACGAGUGCAGUUUUGCUUUCGUAUGCUAGAGAGAAAUUUCCUCAACUCGACAUUCAGCCCGUGUGGAUGAGGUGCGAGCAAAUUUUGGGAUUCAUCAACUUCAUCAAUCAGGGUUCAUGGCAGCACGCUAAAGUUGCGGCAGAGCAACUCAGUGCCACCGACAAGUGGGAAAGCGCCAUUAGGAUUGCUGAGCUUCAAUUUGCCCAAGGUGAUCGAGAAAAGUCCCUUCAGGGAUUGAAUUCCAUGGCGAAAAAGAGCGUCACCGACAAAACGAUGCCCCUCAUCGUCAAAAUUUGCAGCAUGUCAUUAGCCUCAAAGUUGCUGGAAGUUUCACCUUUCUCGUACAGCAGUCACUUAGUAAAGGCGCUCGGAAUGGCUGCAAAUCACAACCUAGCUCCUUUGAGAUAUAAAAUUAUUCUUCAAAUAGCUGAGCAUCAGUUGCAAAUGGGCCUGGUCAGUCAAGCGCUGCAGCUGAUCAAUUCUGUGAUGACGAUGGUACUGACCCACUGCCCUCUUCAUGAUCAAGGGUCGUUUUUGUUCUUCAAAGCCAAAUGUAGGAUAUAUGAAGGGAACUGCAGAAUUCCUAGUAAAGAUUCGACUGACCAUUUUAGCAUUUUGGAAAUUCUUGGCCAGGCCAGGCAAUGUUUUGAAAAAGUGCAAGCUGUUGCUAAAGUAAAAGAAGUCCUGCUGUGCAUGUUGUUGCUCUACCAUUUGCAUAAUCUGGAGGCAGAGAAGUUCAAAGUUGCCUUGGAGUUGAGGGUGUUUGAAGAGCAGCUGGCAUCUCGCAAAACGUCCCACGUCUAAAUGUCUUCAAGUGUGAGUCGUCUUUUUUUAUUUUAAAGGAAUAAAGCAAUUUUGUUUUAUAAGGAAAACAAGCUUGGGCAAUUUUUAUUGCAUUCAAUUUAUUUUUAACGCAAUUGUACAACAUGAAUAUGGCAGGUUUGCAGAUGUACUAAUAAUAAAAUUGCAUGAUUAUUAUAAA